GGCGAGCGAGGGAGAAUGUCUGCCUUCCGGAUCUUUCUCUUCUUCUUCACGGUGCUGCUGUGUCUCUCAGCUGUGGAAGCACAGUAUCAGUCCGUGGUGGUCCGAGACGCGGACGACGUGGUCCUGAAGUGUGGGGAGAAUCCAUCCGGCUGCCGAGAGGCCGUCUGGACGGUGAACGGGUCGUCGGACGCCGUGGCGAACUCGGAGAGACGGAGCGUCACGCCUGGCUGCUCGCUGCUCAUAAAGGACGUGACGACUCAGGACGUCGGCGUCUACACCUGCAGUUCUCCAAAGCAGAACUGGACUCGGAUCUCUCUGUCCGUCGUCAGCAUGGUGGAGUGUAAGAGCCACCGCUUCGUGACCGUGGAGUGCUCGGUGGCCGGACAGCUCUCGUACAAGGUGGAGUGGCAGGGGUUCGAACGCGAGGAGGGUGUGGACACCUCACAGGCCGUCCACUUCGCCAGCGUGUCCUUCUCCACCGCCCACCCCGUCCACGCCGCCAAGGCGUACGAGUACUGGAGGUGUCACGUCGUUGACAACGUCACCGCGGAGCAGCACGUCUUCACCUACAACCCCAAGUACCCCGAGAAGACAACAACAACCAUAGCAUCAACAACAAACGAAGAUCGUACGUUGGACUGGGUCAUGGUGGUUCUGCGUGUGGCCGAACUCCUGCUGCUCGUCUUCAUCAACGUUCUGCUCUUCAGGUCUCGAGAGAAGAAGAAGCCGUCGCCUGACCAGACGGUUCAGACCGCACCGGCUGUAGGUUUCACCCAAGCAGCCAAUCAGGUGUUUCUUAACGGAGACAGACAGGAAGUCCCUGUUAACUAUGAAAAUGUGUGAGAUGCUCUGACCUGGAGCAGCCCGUCGUCUUUCAUGCUGAACAAAAAACCAAACUUCACUUUAAAGGCUUUAGUUUAUUUGCUGAUCUGGUGAAAGAAUUCUUGUUGAUCCUUUGUUUACUGUUACUUCCUGGUUAGCUGUGGAGAAAACGACGGCUCUUCACUGGAGUGAGCUGUUUCUGCUGGAAGUUUCACUCAAAAAAAAACAAGAUUUGAGUGUUCAGAGCCGCUCCACAGAUACAGGGAGCAGCGAUUAGCAAAGUAAAUCAGCCUCAUCUCUCCUUUUAUUGAUUUCGUUUUGGGUGUCUGUUUACACAACAACGGUGCUCAAAGAAAAUGCUUCAAAAAUGCUGCAACUCUGUCACUAUGGAAAUGGAGAAAACACAAUUUGUCCAAAAGUCGACGUAUUUUCCAACAGCUGUGUUUCCAGUGACUCCGAGCAUCAUUGUCAUUUAAAAACGGUUCUCAUUGGUCAACAUUUUAAAGACAAUGUCUGAAAUGCUGAAAACGAUGUCGAUUUCAUUUUGUGCCUCUGGUUGUGGUUUUCCUGCGUCCACAGAGACAGAGUAUUUUCAAAAAGUCGUGUUUUCCCCAUUAACAUAGUAAUGGCAUCUUAGUGUUUUCGACAAGUUGCGUUUUUCUUCAUGCAGGAUUACUAUUGCAACAACACAUCAUCAGCAGGGUAAAACGAACCUGUCUCACGACGGUCUAAACCAGCUCACGUUCCCUAUCAGUGGUUGAACAA